GGACUAGCGUCUAAUAUUUAAAGAGAACUCGGACCGACAGGACGAGCUGCAUCUGACAGUGGGCCAUCAGCUCCGUCUUCCUUACCAAUAAUCCUCUCGCUAAAUUUGUGCGCCCGUGCUUUAACACAACACUUGGAUUAGUCUGUCUAGUUACAAUUUUUUCCAAGAAUUUUAAAACUAAAAUUCAAAGAUGACAGUGUUAACGGGUCCCAGUUUUGCCGCAUAUGGCAGCGGCGGUGGUUGGUCACGUGGAUCUGGCAAUCAAACGGUAGUCGACAAAGUCCUACCGGAGAUGAUGCACCUGGUUGACGCCCACUGGUAUCAAUUCCCACCGAUGAAUCCACUAUGGCACGCGAUCCUCGGGUUGGUAAUCGGUUGUCUUGGUAUCGUAUCCGUUAUCGGCAAUGGAAUGGUUGUCUUUAUCUUUACAUCGACUAAAAGUUUACGAACACCCAGCAAUCUACUGGUUGUCAACCUCGCUUUCGCAGACUUUUUAAUGAUGUUCUGCAUGGCACCACCCAUGAUCGUCAAUUGCAUCUACGAAACCUGGGUCUUUGGUCCACUGAUGUGCCAACUAUAUGCCUGUGCUGGAUCCCUAUUCGGAUGUACCUCUAUUUGGUCAAUGACAGCGAUUGCAUUCGACAGAUACAAUGUUAUUGUUAAGGGUUUAUCUGGUAAACCGCUGACUGUUGGCGGCGCACUAUUGCGUAUACUAGGAAUCUGGCUUUUCUGCCUUGCAUGGACUGUUUUCCCGCUCUUCGGGUGGAACAGAUAUGUACCUGAAGGCAACAUGACUGCGUGUGGUACCGACUACAUCACCAAGGACUGGUUCUCCCGGUCAUACAUAUUAGCAUACUCGGUGUUUGUCUACUUCUUGCCGCUCUUUCUAAUUAUCUACAGUUACUACUUCAUUAUCGCGGCGGUAUCUGCCCACGAGAAAAACAUGCGUGAGCAGGCGAAGAAAAUGAACGUCGCAUCAUUGAGAUCACAGGAAAACCAGAACCAAAGUGCGGAAUGCAAACUUGCUAAGGUUGCUUUAACAACAAUUUCCCUGUGGUUCAUGGCUUGGACGCCAUACCUGGUGAUCAAUUACGCGGGUGUCUUUGAGAGUGCGACUAUCAGUCCACUUUUCACUAUCUGGGGGUCUGUGUUUGCUAAAGCCAAUGCUGUCUACAAUCCUAUCGUCUAUGGUAUCAGUCACCCCAAAUAUCGUGCGGCAUUAUUCGCACGAUUCCCAUCGUUGGCUUGCUCAGAUAAUUCCAGUGGAGGUGAUGCUGUUUCAACAGCGACCACCGUCACUGAAGGAGAGAAAGCAAAUGCAUAAAAUAAAUACAAUUAAUUAAAUUGAGGAAGUUCAAUAAAUAUUGGAAAUAAUUUUAAAAAAAAAUUAAUUAUUAAAUUAAACGGAAAACUCGCAAGGAAUAAAAACUCUAUAAGAGUUUAUAAUUUAAAAUAAUUAUCUGGAUAAUUAUAUUUUUUAAUAAUUAAGAAUUGUAUAUAUUUUGUGUAAUUAUAAAGUGUAAGAUGAUUUAUAUUCAGAAUUCAGGGAAAGUGCCGAUCAUCUAAAAUAAUUAAAUAAUUUAAAAAAAUAAAAACGUUUCCGUUUUUGUGAGGGUUCCGUUUUACUUGUGAUAAAUUUUUAUAAAAUGAUGAUCUGCACUUUUCACCAUCAGACAUCAGUAUAUAAUAAAUAAUUAUUUAUUAUUAUUGGGCAUGUGUACCAGUGAGCGUUGAAUUAAAUUGAAAAAAUAUAAAUUCAUAAUCGUCAUGAGUUUACGAUUUUUUUUUUUGCACCACAACUAAAAUCGUUUAUCACUUGUGCGAUACAAUGGAUUAUAAAAAUAUUUUUUCUCGUUAAUCUUAAUGUGAACUGAUGAUUAUACACUUGGUAAAUCCUUACUGUUAUGUGGCUUCAUUGUAAGACAAUUUAAGCGAAUGUUCACGAGCCUCAACAACUGGCAAUAUUGUAUCUGUCGUUGAUUUUUUAUUGUUAAAUAAACCCUUCAGGCAAAAUAA